AUGUCCGACGCAGUCUUUGAAAUCGCUACCCUCCCACUCCGCGCAGACGCCGAUCUUAAAUCAAGCGAGGAUAAGCAAACAUGGAACGACACGCUCACAACUAUCGCGAAACAACAUGGCUGCAAGACCAUAUACUGGGGCCUGAAAAUCGAAGAUCCGACUACUCUCAUAAUGGCGAUACACUGGACUUCCAUCAGCCACCACACCGCCUUCGAAGAAUCCUCAAUCUACCCAUCCUUCCUGCAGCGCGUGGGAACGCUUCUAGCCGGCCCACCCUCGAUAUUCCACGCUAAGCUGGGUGAGAAAGAAGGGCUGGACGCAUUCGACGCACCGAUUACAGAAUGCGCUCGAGUAUUCUUUCCCGCGGAUUUCGACCAGGAUGUGUUUAUGGAGAAUCAGUGGAGUGCGUUUGUGCGUGAUAUAGUAGAGCGUACUGAAGGCAUGACAGGUGGCUUUUCCAUUGAGCCGCAGGAACAUGCUACGCUCGGCGAAGGGGUGGAGGGGAAGAUGGUUGCGGCGUUCGUUGGAUGGCCGAGUCUAGAGGCGCAUGGGGCGUGGAGUCAAUCGGAGGAGUAUGGGAAGGCGGUGGCGCCGGUCGUGGAGGGGUCGACGGGCAUGGAUGUGGGACAUGUUGAGUUUGUGAAGGUUGAGCGAGGAGGGAUGGGAGGUUAA